AUGAUCAAUUCCUCGGCGCCGUUUAUGGAGGGAAACGGAGACUUGGAGGAAGUGUUUGCGGGGGCGUUGGUGGAAGACUGGCCAGAAAGCGUGUAUGAGCCAGUUGUGGCGGAAUCAUUGGUUGGGUUACCGGCUUUCCGGGAAUUGUGCGAUUUGGCAGCGACGGUGAAGGGUGAUCUUCGUGCCCAGGCUAGUGCGUGGAGUAGUUCCCUGCGGCAGGGUCAGGUAGUUGUGGGAAACUUCGGCAUCCGCAACAACAAGAGUGAGCCACUCGUGGCAGUGAUACCGGGUACGGACUAUGACGGCAAUCGCUUCCACAAGUUUAUUUUCGGAGUGCAGAGAUGCUCCGAUAGGGAUGCGGCUCAGCCGAGCCUCCAGCGCAAUUCCUCACAAAGCGGCAGCGACUCGGGUGGCUCAUUCGGCGAAGACUCACUCAGCAGCACCUCGCUGGGAAGCGACAUAUCUGGCACUGACUUGUUCAAGGCGGAGGCAUCUGGCAAGGCGGAGGCAUCUGGCAAGGCGGAGGCAUCUGGCAAGGCGGAGGCAUCUGGCAAGGCGGAGGCGUCUGGCAAGGCGUUAGGAAAGAAGAGUCGGAAAGAAAAGUCUCUGAUUCCGGUGUUGGACGCGCAAUACCGGACCAGCUGUUUGGCGCUCGACGGUUUGGAAAUUUUGCGGCCGCUCUAUCAGUACUUCACGACAAAUGCCAUUGAAGGUCUCCAGCCGAAUGCGUUGGAGCUACUCAAAAUGCGAGGCUCCACGGUUACUGAAGACGCCCGCCCUAGUGUGUUGAAACUCGCCCAGUACGUCUCCGUCAGCGGCUGUGAAACGUCCCUCGGCCGCAGACGCGACCGGCCCCACCACCUUGUCCACAGCCGUCUUUACUUCGCCACCGCUUCCACGCUACGCUGGGUUGUACCUCAGUCACCUGCCCAAUAUGCACUGGCUGAUGCACUUACUGAAUCCUUGCGGCCAGCCAGUCUGGAUCAUGCAGCCCGCGGCUCUGUCCCCCAUGACGUGCAAGUCCUCCUCAACACGCUCUGCAAUCUCUAUGCCGAUAGCAAAGCAACCUCCAAAGCCGUAGCCAAGGGUGAAUCGACCAAGGGUGACCCGACUAAAGGUGGCUCGACCAAGGGUGACUCGACCAAGGGUGACUCGACCAAGGGUGACCCGACUAAAGGUGGCUCGACCAAGGGUGACUCGACCAAGAGUGACUCGACCAAGGCUGACUCGACGAAGACUGACGCUACCAAGUCUAGCGAUUUAUCUGCUUCCUCACGUACGUUUAUAGCUGAGGCUCUCCCACCGCCAGAGGCAGGUGUCUUCUCACUGACUUGGACCACAUUUUAG